GAGGAGGCGUGUUGUCCCUUGUCAAUUCCGAAAGUAAUCUUGGUGGGGUCUUUCAUGUUGGUAGUCUUCUCAUAUAUUCACGUAGGGGAAAAGGUCUUCGGGAUUCUCCUGGGAUUCAAAGACACGAAUCCUGACCUUGCUUCCUGUCAAAGUGAUCUGAGAGACAGCUGGAGCACACCCACUUUCAACACCAGCACACCAAAAGGAAUUGUGGCCAUUUUUUUGAAGAAAUAAAUUGAAACAGAGAAGGAGCUAAGAAAAGUUUCGAAACUUGCAAAAAUUUGGUUUGGGUCUCAUUCCGCUUUGAGAAUCAGACGACUUUCCAGAUUCGUUCCGUUCCCGAAAUACUUCAAGGAAGCAAUGAGGAAAAAGAUACCCCCUGCUCCAUUGGCCUUAAGCGCGGCUUCACUGCAGACAAAGACCGCUCCGGCAUUCACGAAUGAGGAUCCAGAGAUAAAUGGGAGGGGCCGACCACAUUCCAGGAGGAAUCUUUUGGGACCAUUUCGCUUGGCUCAGAUGUUGGGGCUUUUUCCCGUGACCGGAUCUGCUUUCACAUCUAAUUCGUCCGCUACCUCAACGGAUUCCAUUGAAUUCCGACCUUGCAGCCUUCGUUUGCUGGGAACGAUUUGUCUUCUCGUGGUGAUUGUCAUCAUGGAAGGCUUUGGUUUGAUCAAUAUUUUCUUCCUCGGCAAAAACAAGAAGGAUUAUCUGGUCUCGAAUGAUGGCCUGGUCAUUCAAUAUGGUCUUGUGGUGGCCGAUGUCGCACCUCUGAUACAUUACGGAGCUACCGUAUUGGGAAUCUCCAGUUUGCUUCGAUUGGCGUGGAAUUUCUCAUCGAUCGGACCUCAAUGGAGAUUAGCCCACGAGGAAUCCUCUUCGAGCCUCGUCGUGAUCAACGAUUUGAGCCCAACAACAACAACAACACCUUCCCAAUCAUCCCCAGGAUCUUGCGCUCUCAUUAUGUUCUUGGUCAUGGCUUCGUCUCUGUGUCAAGCGGUUUUUGGAACCCUCGUGGCCAAUUUGGUCCUGGAUGAGGCAUUCCAAAAUGCAUCGGACCAAAGUGUGGGCCAGUAUUUGCAAAGCAACUUCUUCAGCAAAUACGCCAUUGGGUCGCACAACUUCUUGGUGGCCAUCAUGGACGAGUCUUUCUUCACGGGGAUCCUCACCUUCUUCAUCUCCAACUAUACGGUCUUCGUGUGGAUUGUGCUGGACCUCACCCUGGUUUUGAUGGGCCAGGAUGUUUGGGGUUUGGUGGAUAUCCUCAACCACAGGCCGACCUCAUCGAAUCUCCGAGCAAUCCGGACCCAACAUUGGCGGUUAUGCCAACUCGUUGGGAAAUUAGGCCAAUCCGGAGUGAAUCAAUUGAUUCUGGCCUUUUAUGGCGGCAACAUGUAUUUCCUUUGGAUUCAUAUCACCUCCUUGAGUUCCCAUGUCCAAGUGGACCCGAUCAUCAACAACCCCUUGAUGAGCCGGACUAACGGCGAGGGUGGUGGUCACGGAUCGGCGGCGUUCACCGUCGAGCAACUGUAUCUUACCUAUCAGAUCUGGGCCACCUGUCGGCAGGGGCUUCGAUUUGGGAUGAUUUCCCAUUAUGCCGUGAAGAUUGCCUCCGGACUGAAGCGAGGCACGUUGGACAAAUUUGUUCUUUCAUAUUCGGACAGAUCAUCUGACGUGACGGGCGAAAGACGACAUGAAGCUGUGAAUGGGGCUGGAGGAGGGAUGUCUUCGUUGUCGGUACCUUUAGCCUCCUCGGUUGAGAGUGGAAACAGAAAAUCUGGCGUGUCAUCCUCCACCUCGUCGUCGUCGUCGUCGUCGUCGUCGACUUCUUCAUCAUCGUCAACGUCGUCGUCGUCGUCCUCCUGUGUUGGUUUGAUGCUGGACUUGGAAGAAAUCCAAAGAUUGAAGACCCAGUGCUUGAUACACCAUAACGGGUUCCAAAUCGGGUGCCUCUUCCCAUUAAAGAAACGAGCCCUGGUGUUCACUCUCGUUUUCAUGGCAAUUUCUCUCCUCUGGGCCUCGAGGUUCGAGGCCACUCAAAUCUUGUCCAACCAUCCCAAUUUGAGGAACGUUUUACCGGACGGCCAGAACACGCCUUCUUCGGAAGUCCAAUUGGUUCGAAGACAGCAUUUGAACAUUGUUCAUUGGUAAUCUUUUGUGCACAUCUUGGGCGGAGGAAAAACGGCAAUGCACUUCCGUAUGUAUGCCUGUCCGUUGAUGAAUGGGUUGAAUAGAAUUGAAUUAAAUGAACGUACUUAAGCCCGCUUUUAUGAACAUGGUUACUUGGCCUGAUGACGUUUCCUCUCUUUCUGACAAUCUCCCAACGUUGGAAUCUUCGUUUGCGGUUGUUCAACCAGCUUUCAUGAAAGUUCGGGGCUAACCAUAAAACCAUGUUGAAAGACGAACUCCGAUCGACUCGAGUGAAGAAAAUGUAUCAUCGGAUUGCAAAAUGACCGUCUUCAAGCUCGGGCAAAGGAGGCAGAAAACGUGCACUACGAUCUGGGCUGAGACGCCCGGGGACGCCCGAGGACGCCCGGGGACGCCCGGGACGACGUCAGGGAUCAAGAGGAGCGCAGACUAUAGGC